CACGUCUCUGACGGAGGACGACAACAUGGCGGCUUCCUUGCGUCUGGGUCGUCAAGGGAUUUUAUUUGGCCUUAGAUUAUCCCACUAUAAUAAAUGUCUUUGGGCGACACAUCCAUGGCAGGAGCAUGUCAGACACUUCUUUCGGUCACCCUGGAUCCUCGGUGUCAGCCCACUCAAAGUGCAGAUGCCAGCUCUGUCCCCCACCAUGGAGGAGGGAAACAUAGUCAAAUGGCUGAAGAAGGAAGGUGAGGCGGUGGCAGCCGGCGAUGCCCUUUGUGAGAUUGAGACUGACAAGGCUGUUGUUACCAUGGAGUCUAAUGAUGAUGGCAUCAUGGCAAAGAUACUGAUGGAGGAGGGAAGUCGCAACGUGCGCCUGGGCACUCUCAUUGCCCUCAUGGUGGAGGAAGGGCAGGACUGGAAGCAGGUUGAGAUCCCCCCUCCAGAUGCUGCGGCUCCAUCUGCGGCUCCACCUGCUACAGAAGCAGCCGCUGCCCCAGUUGUGCCCCCUCCUGCGCCUGCUCCUUCUCCAGCUCCUCCCCCAAAACCAGCCACGUCAGGACCGUUACGUCUGAGUCCAGCAGCAAGACACAUCCUGGACACCCAUGGUGUAGACCCCAAAUUGGCCACACCCACUGGACCAAGAGGACUUAUCACCAAGGAAGAUGCACUGAAUCUCCUGAAGAAGUCUCCUGCCCCCAAAGCAACCCCAGCCAUGGCUGCCCCACCUGCCCCGAGUCCUGUCCCCACUCCAGCAGCUAUACCUCCGCCUCCAGGCAGCAGACCCAACAUACCUCCUCUCUCUGUACCAGGGAAACCAGGAGCACCGGGCACUUUCACAGAGAUCUCAGCCACAAAUGUCCGCCGUGUGAUUGCUCAAAGACUAACGCAAUCGAAGACCACCAUCCCCCACGCGUACGCCUCAGUUGACUGUGACAUGGCUGCCGUCAUGAACCUCCGUAAACACUUGGCCAAAGAACAGAUCAAAGUGUCUGUUAAUGAUUUCAUUAUCAAGGCAGCUGCUGUUACACUGAAAGAGAUGCCAGAAGUGAAUGUGACCUGGUCUGGUGAUGGACCCCGUGCACUUGAUUCGAUCCACAUUUCAAUGGCCGUGGCGACUGACAAAGGCCUCAUUACCCCCAUCAUCAGGGACGCUGCAAACAAAGGAGUCCAGGAGAUCUCCGCAAAUGCUAAGGCACUGGCCCAGAAGGCUCGAGAUGGGAAACUUCUACCUGAGGAGUACCAGGGAGGCUCAUUCAGCAUUUCUAACCUGGGGAUGUUUGGUAUCAGCGGCUUCAUCGCCGUGAUCAACCCUCCUCAGUCAUGCAUCCUCGCCGUGGGGACCUCCAGGGCCGAGCUGCGACUGUGCGAGGAAGACCAGACCCUGCGCACCCAGCAGCUGAUGACAGUUACACUGUCCAGUGAUGGACGACUAGUGGAUGACGAAUUGGCUGCACGGUUUCUAGAUAAAUUCCGCACCAACUUAGAACAACCACAACGCAUGGCCCUAGCCUGAAAAAACAAAAGUGGGAUAUCUGUACAGGAGUGAGUGGAGGGACAAAACAAGUAACGCCUGCAUGACAAAGCCUGUCUUGUGCUUUCACACGCAGAGAGCUCUUAAAAAGUUGAUUCCUGUUCAUGCUUGGAUUAAAGCUUACACAAGUAGGCGUGUACGUAGUUUGAACUUGUUUGUGUGGCUUGCUUCUGACAGAUAAGCACCUGGCUUUG